CUCCACUCACGAAUCCUCCUGCGGUCCCUUACCUACCGCACCUCAGUCCUCACCCGUCGCGGCUUGCACAACCGUCAUAAAAUGGCGCCAACUACCCUCUCCGACAUCCCCACCCUCGUAGACCUUUACGCGCGUAAUGAGAUUGAUUCCAGCCCACCCGCCACAUACCCGCCUUCCAGCGCUUUCAACACCAAGAUUUCUGUCAUCCGUCAGGAUAUCACGACUCUCGCCGUCUCCGCCAUCGUCAAUGCUGCAAACAACUCGCUGAUGGGUGGCGGCGGCGUCGACGGCGCCAUUCACCGCGCAGCAGGCCCUGGCUUGCUCGGCGAAUGUGAGACGUUGAACGGGUGUGCGACAGGUAGCGCCAAGAUCACCGACGCAUAUGAACUGCCCUGCGAUAAGGUCAUCCAUGCUGUGGGUCCUAUAUACUGGCGAGUAGGGAGGAGCAGGGCGGCGGAGUUACUGGCCGGGUGUUACAGAACGAGCUUGCAACUCGCGGCCAGAGAGGGAUGUACAAGUAUUGCAUUUUCGGCGCUGAGUACGGGCGUCUAUGGGUAUCCAAGUGGAGAGGCAAGCCUGGUUGCAUUGGAGACGACACGGAAGUUUUUGGAGGAAGCAGAAGGGGCGGAGUUGCUGGAGCGGAUCAUCUUCUGCAACUUCAUGCAGAAAGAUGAGGAUGCGUACAUCGAGAACAUACCAAAGUUCUUCCCGCCUGCUGAACAGCAGGAUCGGUCUACCGACGAAACUGGACUCGAAUCCCAGCUCCCUGAUGCACCUACCACCGAACCAAAGGACGUCGAAGAUACCCAACAACCGUCAAGCAAGAAGCAGAAGCUGGAGGAAACAGAGGAUGAUGACUUUGUGAUGGUGGAGAAGGAAGAUGGCAAGCCAAAGUCUGAGCUUUAGUGCGUGAAGCUGAGAACUAUCUCGCGUGAGAUGUCCACGAAAACAUGGGGAGUUUCACUCUCAGCCUUCCCCGCGUGGUUUGGAUUUCACGAAAAGGCUGUCUUUUUAUGGUAUUGGCGUUUAGGUGCGAAAGGAUGGCAUAUACCCCGGGCAUGAACAAGGCUGAAAUUCCAGGCUGCCAACGAAUGACUUUCUUUGUUCUGUUGA